AUGUCGGACUACAGCGUCGAUCAACAAUCCAACCUCUUCCGUCUGCCCAACGAGCUUCUCUGCUUCAUCUACGAUGAGCUCGUUGAGAUUUGCGACGAAAAGGUCACACCAGAUGGCGACCUUACUUACCGAUCCUGCAACGACAUCAGAAGCCUGCGCGCCGUCUCCAAUAGGCUGAGACUUGUCGGUCAACGGUACUUCGCGAAGGUGAUCACCAACACCAGCUUCAUGCUGAUAGCCGACGACAUCAUCACCCUGCGCGAGAUGGGUAAGGACCUCACGCUUACCCCGUACAUCCACACCCUCCGCUUCAACCCCACUCUACCUUAUUACGGCGCAUUCGAAGAAGCAGAAAAGGACGGUAUUGAGAUCCGAAAAGAAUUCAAGGACAGAGACUUCGAGUACCUCGCCGAAUGCCAGCUCUGGGAAGACAUCCGGCACUGGGGCCUUGAUCAUCAUGGCUACGCAUCCGAAUGGAGCGAAAGCAUUGCCUUCCUUGUGGGGAUCCUAUACCCAUUCGAGAACCUCAAGCAUGUCGACCUUGGUUCUUGGAGAGACUACAAGACACAUCAGAGGCUGUACUUAGACGAUACUAUCUCUUCUUGGUUUGGCGACGGGUGCUCAAAGGAACUCCAGUCGAGGGUGUUCUUCCUGAACAUCUUCCAAGCCGCGCUGGACGUUGUCGCGCCGCAUCUUUACUUCCUCCGUGUCGGCGAGAUGACCAACAUCUACCCGGCUCCGCACUUCCCUAUCCCGAGAGUCAACCUCUCUUUGGCGAACGUGCGCCACCUCGAGAUCGGCUUCGUCGACCAGGGCGACGAGGAUGAGAAGCACGUCUUCAGCGACCCCCGCCUCUUCAACUAUGUUUCUACCAUGAGGGGCUUGGAGACCUUGCUGCUGGUAGGCGCGCUCUACCCAUCCGAGCUCCAGAAGGGACUCCGCGGUUUCUUCAAGAACCCAUUCCCGAAGCUUCGCAACGUGAAGCUCUGUCUCAGCUACAUCACGCACAAGUUCGCGGUCGAGGACUGGUUCCUGCACCUGCUGCCACCGCUCAAGGCUCACGCCAAGUCUCUCCGCCUGCUCAUCCUCGAGAUGGAGUACAAGUCCCAGGACUGGGUCAACAUCCUCCCGUCCAUCACGAAGGAACUCUCCCUUGACGAACUGCGCAUCUGCUUCCCUGUCUCGCUUCUUGAGGCCGGGUUGAAGGACAAGUCGCCCAACCAUGCUAAGAAAAUGACGCAGGCGCCUGCGGCGAAGCGCGUGGACUUCUACUACGGCGGGAAGGAGAACAAGAACGUGGAAUGCCGCCCGAGUGUCAAGAAAUGGGUCCCGAUCAUCACGGAGGGCGAGAUCAACGAUUGCCUUCCUUACAAGCCUGCUCCGAAAUAG